UGGAGAUCUUAGAGAUCUUGUUGCUUUGACCCGAGGCACGCAACGGUGUCCACAUCACAUCAGUCAUCGGCAGACCAACAAACAGGAAGGAACAAAAGAGGAGCUACCGUAGCUAGCUUGACCAAUAAAGGAACUAUUGUACUAGUAUAACAGAGACCAUGGUGGACGAAGAAGAAUUGGCCGAAGCCCUGUCCAAGGUCCUGCUGAAAGACGAAAUUGAUGGGUUGGAUGAAGAUCUGGUCUCCUACAUGGGUGGACUGCUGGCCAGCAAGGUGGCCGAGGAUGAAGGGGACCCUGAUGCCACUCCCGAAAGUGCCGUGGACGAAGUCCUGGUUCCUUUUUUGGAGUCGGUCGCUUGUCCCGAUGACGUGACGGCUCAAGCCAAGCAAGUGGUGGUGGAUCUCUUGUCUGCAGGCGGUGGCGGAACCAACAGCAACCAGGCUGUCACUGAAGGCACGACAACUCGCAAAUUGAAACAGGGCAUUGUCAACAUGGCGUCGGAUCUGAGUAAUCCUGGCAGUUCGGCCGAUGAAGAUGCCAAUCGGUACUUGUGGGGAACUUCGUCGGGGGUCAAGCCAUCGGCCAAUCAACUCAUUGAUGCGCAUACCGACAAGACGUCGGCAAAGGAAAAACGAAAACAACGACAAGAACUAGAAGCUGCACGGCGGUCACUGGAAGCCGCCAAUGCAUCGGAAGACGACAAAGGACCCAAAUCCCUCGUCAGCAUGUCCGUUUCGGCAUUUCGAACCAACAAUAUUACCAAAAACAAGGCCAAGGAUGUACAGGUUCGAAAUGUCACGGUCAGUCUGGACAAUGGAACCGUACUCCUCGAUGGAGGAGAACUCAAAUUUGCCUAUCAACGAAGAUACGGGCUCAUUGGAGAGAAUGGAGUGGGAAAAACAACACUACUCAAAGCCAUUGCCAAAGAAGACGCCAUUCCGGGUUUUCCCAAACAUUUACGUGUCCUUCACGUCAGACAAGAAAUUCCAAAACUCACUGACGAUGUCUCGGUCUUGCAAGCCGUCAUUGAUGCCGACAUCGAACGCAAAAUGCUGCUGGAACGAGAAAAGGAACUCGAAGCCAAAUUAGAAGGUGACGACAGCAACAACAAUAGCUCGAACACUGAAGCACUGUCGCUAGCCGCCAAACGGGAAAAACUACAAGCCGGAAAUAAAGCGGGUGAGCAAUUUGAAAAGGAUCUCAAAGAAUUGGAUGAAAUUUACCAGCGGUUACAGGGUCUGGGAUCGGACUCUGCCGAAGCCAAAGCCGCCAUGAUCUUGUCCGGGCUACAAUUCACGACAGAGAUGCAAACAUCGCCCAUUUCCAGUUUGAGUGGAGGGUGGCAAAUGCGAGUGGCGCUGGCAGCCGCGCUCUUUGUAGAACCUGAUCUCUGUUUGCUCGAUGAGCCAACCAAUCACUUGGAUUUAGAGGCGGUUCUCUGGCUUGAAAGCUACAUGCAAGACUACAAACACACAUUGAUUGUCGUCAGUCAUGACAGAGGCUUCCUAAAUGAAGUCUGCACGGAUAUUAUGGAAUUCAAAAAGAAACAACUGACAUACUAUCGAGGUAACUAUGAUACAUACGUCAAAUUGAGAGACUCCAAUAUCAAGAAUGCGCAAAGGGUUUAUCAGGCCUACCAUGAAAAGCGAGAGCACAUGAUGGAUUUCAUCACCAAGUUUCGGGCCAAUGCCAAGCGUGCCACAAUGGUGCAGAGUCGCAUCAAGGCCGUGGAAAAGAUGGAUGCCGAGGCGCCCGAGCCGGUAGAACAAGAACAGGUUUGGCGAUUUCACAUUCCCAAUUCAGAGCCUCUGGGGCGACCCAUCAUUUCCGUAGAUGACGUUUCCUUUGACUACAAUCCGCAAACAAAAAAGCACGAGGAAUACCUGUUGCAGCAGGUGAACUUUGGAGUGGAUUUGACGUCCAAGAUUGCCAUUUUGGGAGCCAACGGACAAGGAAAGACCACUCUGUUGAACUUGAUCAUGGGGAAACUCAAGGCUGUCAAGGGAGGCGUAUCCAUCAACCCUGGGCUUCGCAUUGGUCAUUUCACGCAACACAGCUCGGACAACUUUGACCUCACCAUCUCGGCCCUCGAGAACCUGCUGAAUAUGUUUGAGGAGGACAAUGUGGACGACCAGGUUAUGCGCAGCUUCCUCGGCAAGUUCCAAAUCCAAGGCAAUGAUGCCAUGAAGCCAAUGCGGUUCCUCAGUGGAGGUCAAAAGAGCCGCGUCGCCUUUGCUGCUCUGGCGUACAAAAAGCCUCACGUCUUGAUCAUUGAUGAGGGUUCCAAUCACUUGAGUAUGGAGGCGGUGGAUGCAUUGGUGGAGGCUGUUCAAGACUUCAAGGGCGGCUUGAUGGUGGUCAGUCACGACCAAUACUUUGUCCAAAAAACUUGCUCCGAGCUGUGGGUUAUUGAGCAGGGUCACGCCACUCGUUUCCGUGGUGAUUUCGAAGAGUACAAGAAGCACACGGCCGAAGCAACCCACAAACGAGUGGAAGAGAGCGUGAAACGAAUGCAUGAUCGCAAUAAAGCCUAGCUGUUGCUAAGCUGCUAUAGUUUUUGCAUUCUCUGCGGAAUACUAGCUAGUUGCCAACUUUGCCAACGCUUAC